AACGUUGCUUCUUGUAUCACACUCUCCAAGUCUCGAGGCUAAGGCUUUUACAUCUCCAGCAAUGGAGCUCACACCAACAUUUUCCAUGGCAAUGGCAUUGGUGGCCAUCUUCGUCGCCGUCGUCCUCAGCUCUGUCGUCUGGCCACGCGGCCGGCGUAAGGCGCUGAAGCUUCCUCCGGGCCCGCGGGGUUGGCCGGUGCUCGGCAGCCUCGGCGCGCUGGCGGGCGCGCUCCCGCCGCACCGCGCGCUGGCUGCGCUCGCGGCGCGCCAUGGCCCGCUCAUGCACCUCCGGUUCGGCUCCUACCACGCCGUGGUCGCCUCUUCCGCUGACACUGCCAGGCUCGUCCUCAAGACGCACGACCUCGCCUUCGCCGACCGCCCGCGCACGUCCGCCGGCGAGAUCUUCGCCUACGGCUACCUCGGCAUCUUGUACACCCCGUACGGCGCCUACUGGCGCAUGGCGCGCAAGAUCUGCGCGACCGAGCUCUUCUCCGCGCGCCGCGUGGACUCGUUCGAGCGCGUCCGCGCGCAGGAGAUGCGCGCGCUCGUGCGCGGCCUGUUCGAGUGCACUGGCCGCGCCGUCACCGUCAGGGAGCACCUGGAGAGCGCCACGCUGCGGAACAUCCUCCGCAUAACGGUGGGGGAGAAGUGGUCUGGCUGCUACGGCAGCGCCGACGGCAAGGCGUUCCGGCGCACGCUGGACGAGGCAUUUGCGGUGACCGGAGCUGUGAGCAACGUCGGCGAGUGGGUCCCGUGGCUGGGCUGGCUCGACGUGCAGGGCUGGGUCCGGCGGAUGAAGCGGCUGCAUGAGCUGUACGACCGAUUCUACGAGCAAAUCCUCGACGAGCACGAGGAGCGACGGCGGCAAGCUGGUGCCAGCGAGUUCGUGGCGAGCGACCUGGUGGAUGUGCUACUGCAGCUCGCCGAGGAAGAUAGGCCGGAAUCGGAGGCCAGGCUCACUCGCAACGGCGUCAAGGCGUUCAUCCAGGACAUCAUCACCGGCGGCACGGAGACCUCGGCCGUGACCAUGGAGUGGGCCAUAUCGGAGCUCCUCCGCCGGCCGGACGCCAUGGCGGCCGCCACCGACGAGCUGGACCGCGUGGUCGGCCACGGGCGCUGGGUGACGGAGCCCGACCUGCACGACCUCCCCUACAUCGACGCCGUCGUGAAGGAGACGAUGCGGCUUCACCCGGUGGGCCCUCUCCUCGCCCCGCACCACGCCCGCGAGGACGCGGUGGUCGCCGGCUACGACGUCCCCGCCGGCACGCGCGUGCUAGUGAACGUGUGGGCCAUCGCGCGCGACCCGGCGUCGUGGCCCGACGCUCCCGAUGCGUUCCGACCGGAGCGGUUCUUGGGCAGCGGCAGCGGCGCUGUGGACGUGCGCGGGGCGCACUUCGAGCUGCUGCCUUUCGGGGCCGGGCGGCGGAUGUGCCCGGCGUACAACCUCGCCAUGAAAAUGGUGGUCGCCGGCGUGGCGAACCUGGUGCAAGGGUUCGCGUGGCGGCUGCCGGACGGGGUGUCGCCCGCGGACGUGAGCAUGGAGGAGCAAUUUGGGCUGUCCACGCCCCGGAAGGUGCCGCUCGUCGCCGUCGCCGAGCCCAGGCUGCCGGCGCACCUCUACGCCGCCGCCGACUGAUCGGGCUUAUGCUUCACAAGAUUGGCACGUACAUGUCACCGAUGAAUCUCUCACAUGAUUCAUGAACUUUAAAAAGGCCUAGCAACCAGAUUCAAUAUGGUUACUGUUAUAUCUACUAUAUAAAAAAUAAGUUACUCA